AUGUCCAAACACGACGAACAGGAGUCCCCGUCGGUGGAGCAACCCACCUUGGAUCCGAAAACCAAGUUUAUCAUGGAAGCCUUGCGUUCGGAGUUUGGCAAGAUCAUGCGAUCUGAAUUCGAAGGCAUUCAUGAACGGAUGGACCAAUUUGAGCAAGCUCAUUCCACUUCCACUCGCGGUGAGUUUGGUGGACGUAGAGGCCGCGGAGGUGGCCGUGGUCCGGGAGGGGGGCGCAUGCCAGUCCGCCAUGUGUACCAUCGUGACGAGCACGCCGAGGAAUCCGAAUAUGAGGAAGAUGGAGAAGGGCGUUGGCGUCGAGUGAAUGGUCCAAACCAUCAAGAUGAUAACAUUAGCAAUAUCAAGAUGAAUAUCCCAUCAUUCCAAGGGAAGAAUGACCCUGAAUUGUACCUUGAAUGGGAAAAGAAAGUGGAAUUCUUGUUCGAUUGCCACACUUAUUCAGAGCUCAAAAAGGUGAAACUGACAGCCAUCGAAUUUUCGGAGUACGCACUUGUAUGGUGGGAUCAAACGGUGACUAGUCGAAUACGGCAUGGCGAACCACCUAUCCAAACUUGGCCUGAGAUGAAAGCAGUGAUGAGGAAGCGGUUUGUACCAAACCAUUAUUACCAGGAGCUCUUCAACAAGUUGCAAACAUUAAAGCAAGGAAGUAGGAGUGUCGAUGAGUACUUCAAGGAGAUGGAGAUGGCUAUGAUACGAGCUAAUGUUGUGGAAGACAGGGAGGCUACCAUGGCUCGUUUCUUGGCUGGAUUACAGUGGGAUAUUCGCGACAAAGUGGAACUCCAACACUACGUUGAGUUGGAAGACAUGGUUCAUAUGGCAAUCAAGAUUGAGAGUCAACUCAAGCGGCGAAGUAGUUAUGGCGGUGGUCAGCGGAGUACCUUCUGCACUGGCAAGCAGCAGCGGGGCGUCUUCAGCCCUGGCGGAGGGCAGAGCAGCAGUGGCACCGCUGGCAACAACCAGCGCAACACUUCCAGCGCUGGCGGCAGCGCAGAGCAGAGUGGACGAACGAGCAGAGCAGAGCAGAGCCCGCGACAGAGCACUUUCAGCUCUGGCGGCAGUCAAAGCCACGGUCAGCGCUCUUCCAGCUCUGCCACACAGCCCCAACAGAAUCAGAUUAUCGGAGGUCCAAGGACCACAAAUUCCAGCUCCGCCACCGCGUUCGAGGGCAGAUACCGUGACAAGAAAUGUUUCCGUUGUCAGGGAUUCGGCCACAUCAUAAGCGAGUGUCCGAAUCGGCACAUUAUGAUCCUCCGAGACGAUGGAGACGUUGUCACCGAUGGGGAAGAGACAGACCCCGAGAUGCCUGAAUUGGAAGAACCCGAGGAAGAGGAAGAGCUGGAUGCACUCACGGGACACUUCCUAGUAGCCCGGCGAGCCUUGGCCAUGCAACCGCAAACGGAUAAACUGGAGCAGCGGGAAAACCUUUUUCACACGCGGUGUUUGGUCCGUGACAAGCUCUGCAGCGUGAUUAUUGACGGUGGGAGUUGCACGAACGUGGCGAGUAAGUAUAUGGUGGGGAAACUAGGGUUGACCGUAGUGAAAUAUCCGAAAUCAUAUCGCUUGCAAUGGUUGAGUGACGCCGGUAAUGUGAGAGUCACAAGACAAGUCCGUGUGCCGAUUCGACUUGGCAGGUAUGAGGAUGAAGUUUUGUGUGAUGUGAUUCCAAUGCAGGCGUGUCACAUCUUGUUGGGUCGCCCUUGGCAGUUCGAUCGGCGUGUGACCCAUGACGACUUCACCAACAAGUACUCCUUCGAGUUUCAGCACAAGAGAAUGUCCCUUGUUCCUCUCAGUCCCCAACAAGUGUACGAGGACCAAGUGCAAUUACUCAAGGAGGCAACCACGACCCAAAAUAAAGCACAGCAAGUGGAGGCCAAGCCGAUGGGUGUGACACAUAAAUCUUUCCUUGCGAGACCGUGUGAUAUCAAGCUGUGUGUGAAGGAGGAACGACCGAUGGUGUUGUUGCGGUUUCGAGAAACCUUGUUUACUGCUAACGAUAUCUCCUCCCUACCCCCUUCUAUUCACUCGGUUUUGCAGGACUAUGCAGAUGUUUUUCCCGAUGAGACACCGCAUGGCCUGCCACCACUGAGGGGGAUUGAGCACCAGAUUGACUUCAUGCCCGGUGCUACGCUCCCGAACCGACCAGCCUAUCGCACCAACCCGGAGGAGACAAAGGAGUUGGAACGGCAAAUCGGCGAGCUUCUAGCUAAGGGGCACGUAAGGGAAAGCUUGAGUCCUUGUGCGGUACCUGUUCUUCUCGUACCAAAGAAGGAUUCAACCAUGAGGAUGUGCUGCGAUUGCCGCGCCAUCAAUAAUAUCACGGUAAAGUAUCGUCAUCCCAUCCCUCGCUUAGAUGACAUGCUUGAUGAGUUACAUGGUGCUUGUGUGUUUUCCAAAAUUGAUUUGCGUAGCGGAUAUCAUCAAAUCCGAAUUAAGGAAGGUGACGAAUGGAAGACUGCGUUCAAAACAAAACUUGUCUAUUUCGAUGAUAUCCUAAUUUAUAGCAAGCAUCCUGAUGACCAUGUUGAGCACUUACGAUCUGUUAUGGACGUACUUCGCAAAGAGAAGCUUUUUGCUAAUCUUAAGAAGUGCACGUUCUGCACGGAUAGAGUCGUGUUUCUCGGGUUUGUUGUUAGUGCGCAGGGUGUCCAGGUGGAUGAAGAGAAGAUCCGCGCCAUUCAGGAGUGGCCGACACCAACGAGCAUUGGCGAAGUACGAAGUUUCCACGGACUCGCUAGCUUCUAUAGGCGGUUCGUACCUCACUUUAGCAGCGUGGCCGCACCACUCACCGAGGUGAUCAAGAAGAAUGUGGAGUUCAAUUGGGUGUUGAUGCAAGAGAGGCGUCCCAUCGCCUAUUUCAGUGAGAAGUUGAGUGGAGCCACGUUGAACUAUCCUACAUACGACAAGGAGCUCUACGCGCUCGUGAGGGCCUUACAGACGUGGCAGCAUUAUUUGUGGCCCAACGAGUUCGUCAUUCACACCGAUCAUGAGUCGUUGAAGCACUUGAAGGGGCAUCAUAAACUGAACAAGCGACAUGCUCGGUGGAUGGAGUUCAUUGAGACGUUUCCAUACGUCAUCAAGUACAAGCAAGGUAAGGAGAAUGUGGUUGCCGAUGCCCUUUCUCGCAGGUACACUCUGAUCUCUACUCUCGAUGCUAAAUUACUUGGGUUUGAGUGUAUCAUGAGUGUUUGUGAGCAUGAUGAGGAUUUCGGUGAGAUCUAUAGAGCUUGUGCACAGUCUGCUAGUGGUGAAUACUUUCGACAUGAUGACUAUCUUUUUCGAAAGAAUAAGUUAUGUGUUCCUAGGUGUUCUCUACGCAAUCUGUUGUUACUUGAGUCACAUGGUGGGGGAUUAAUGGGACAUUUUGUUGAAGAUUUCUGGGCUUCAGCUGGAGUUCAGGAUUUAAAGGUUGUGGAGAAUGAUUCUUCGAAUGUUGCAGUAUCUUCCACGUUCUGA